AUGGAGGACCUGCUGUCGUGCAUGGUGUGCUGCGAGCCGUACCAGGAGAAGAUGCGGCACCCCGUCCUGCUCCCUCGCUGCGGCCACUCCUUCUGCCGACCGUGCAUCGCGUUCAUGGUGAAGGGCGGCAACGUGGUGUGUCCCUCGUGCCGAAUGGACCAGCGCGUCGAGACCGCCGAUGACCUUCCGACGGAGUUUAGCUUGUUGGCCAUCACCGCCGCGCAGCAGGUGGCCAAGCUUGAAACGUGUCAGGUGCAUGAUGUCAAGCUUUCUUUUUGGUGUAAAUCAUGCAAAAUGGCCACAUGCGGUGAGUGUCUGUUCGAGGACCAUCCCACGCACUCACAUGACGUCAUCAAGGCAACAAGGUACAUCAUCGAGAUGAAAGACGCCAUCAACGACCUCGCCAACAAGUUCAUGGAGACGCUAGACAUCAGAGAGCGGCGGCUGUACGACAUGGUCUACAAGAGCGCCAAAGGCAUCAACGACGCCCUCCGCACCAUAUGCGUGUUGAGGAAGGACAUGGAGGAAGCCCGCGACCUCAUGAAGGGCGUGAAGAAAGUGGACGGCAUCGCCCCGACGACCAGACUCUCCGAAGCCGCCAAGUUCCUGGGUCUCAAGUGGAACCUCCACGACGCCAAGCUGGGCCUGGUUCCCGCGUCGCUCAAGAAGGACCAGGCCAAGGCUCAGGGCGAGAAGAAGGAAGCCGAACUACAGAAGGAGGCCGAGGAGAAAAAACAGGAUUCUCCCGAAGAGAAAGAGGAAGACAAGGAAAAGGAAGACAACGCGAAGGAAGACAAGGAGAAGGAGAGCGAUGACAAAACGAAACAAACAAAGGAUGGCGAGAACAAAGAGGACGACGAUGAAGACGAGGAAAGCACGGACGAGAGCGAGGAAGAGGUGCUGACGGAGGAAGAGCUCAAAAAGCGCCAAAAGAUCCUCAAGGUCAAGGAAAGAAUAGCCGCCGCCGCUGCUGCCGCGGCCGCCGAGAAGGAGCUCAAGGAGAAGAAGAUGAUGGAGAAGGAGCGAAAGGCGGUAAAGGAGAAGAACAACAACGCCAGCACCGAGCCCGAGCAGGUGCCGUCGCCCAAGCUCCUGAAACCGUGGAAGAAGAGGUCCGUCGUCGCCCCCGUGUCCCGAGAGCCGUCCAUCACGCCCGAGAGAGAACUGGAGAAGAAAGAGAGAUCCGAGAAGAUAGAAUCGCCGACAGAGAAGGAAGACGCGAACAAACAGAAUGACAAAGACAAGGAAAACGCGGAAAACGAAGACAAAGAAAAGAAAGAGGAAACCGAAGCCAAAGCAGAAAACGGAGAACCAAACAACGAAAAGGACAACAAAGAGACGAAAGAGACGGAAAACAACGCCCCUGCGAAGAAAGACGCAAGCCAAGAGUCCGCAGCCAACGACCCUCCGAAGGCAGCCACCGAGCCUUCCAACGCCAGCCCUCCGAAGGACAAGGAGAAGGCGAAGGAAGAGACCGAGGCGAAGGAGGCCAAGCGAGAGGCCGAGACCAAGAAGGAGGCGAAGAAGACGCCCUCGACCGCCAAGAGACCGAGAGGGCGGUUAGCGAGACAGGCCCUGAAGAGAGCGCAGACGAUGGACCUCUCGAAGAGGGUGCAGGCCGACGGCGACAAGGAGGAGGGCGAGGCAGAGUCGCAGAACAUCAAGGGCCUCGACCUCGAAACAGGGAAGAGCAAUAAACCAGAAGAAGCUGAGAAUAAGGAGAACGAAGCAGGAGCGACAGGCGAGACGAAGGAGGAGGCGAAGGACGACAAGAACGAGGAGGAAAAGAAGGAGGAGAAGACAGAAGAGGAGAAGAAGAAAGAAGAUGAGACGAGAGGAGCCACAGCGGUCAAGGAAGACGAAGAAGACACCAUGUUUGAACUGGAUCCGGACGAGAAGGACAGGAUAGCGACGGAACUGAUGAUGGUACCGAGCCUAACGGUGUGCGUGGAAGGCCGUGGAGGGUUGAUGGCCCGGGUGCAAUGGGAACCCCAGGGGCUGCAUGUGUACUCCCACCAGGCGCAGGAUCUCCCCUACGACGUGUUGAUUAAGGUGAGAGAUAUCCAUGGUGUUCGGGAAGGAUGGAGCCUGUAUUGUUUUGGUUAA